AUGGAUAUGUCAAUGGCCAGCUCAACAGGCUCAAUGGCCAUUUCCAUGUCACCAACCAGCACAAUGUCAGGCAUGUCGAUGGACAGCUCAACCAGUUCUUCGAUGUCAAUGUCGUCCGAUACAAUAAUGAAUAUGGAAUCUAUGGCAAUGACAUUCUUCAUCUCCUCAACCACACCUCUCUACUCAAAGGAUUGGACACCGGGCACUACUGGCCAGUACGCAGGCACAUGCAUCUUCUUGAUUGCAUUUGGGGCAGUCUUUCGAGCACUAUUGGCUAUCCGAGUCCGUUUUUAUCAGCUGUUGGCCGCCGCCGAUACCCGCCGCAGCGGUGGUAUAGCCUAUGAACCACACCAGGAGGAGAAGUCGAUUCGACGUCAAUGGCGGGCAAGAGAGGCAAUUUUGUUAGGAUUGAUCGACGUCGUGCUUGCGGGCGUGGGAUAUCUACUAAUGAUUGCGGUAAUGACCAUGAAUGUCGGAUAUUUUCUGAGUGUGUUGGCUGGCGUCUUUGUCGGGGGUGUAUUAUUUGGUCGCUACCUUGCCGACUCAUCGUCACAUUGA